UAAACCUAACCAGGCGGUUGGGUCAUUUCAGCGGCGUGUUCUCUCUCUCUCUCUCUCUCUCUCUCUCUCUCUCUAUAUAUAUAUAUAUAUUUGGAGUUUCAGUCUGUCACUAUCGGCUUGUGGUUGUAGACAAAGCGACCAUGAGUCGAGGCGGCGGAGCCGCUGCCGGUGGUGUUGGUGGUGCGAAGGGGAAGAAGAAGAGAGUGAUGUUCACUAUUGACUGCGCGAAGCCGAUGGAAGAUAAGAUCAUGGACGUCGCUUCACUGGAAAAGUUGCUCCAGGAACGCAUCAAGGUCGGCGGCAAGGCCUGAGCUCUUCGCGACUCCGUCACCGUCUCUCGUGAAAAGAGCAAGAUCACCGUCACCUCCCCCUUCUCUAAGCGGUGAGGAUUGCUACAAUUUUUAACACUUAUGGACCACGUAUGUGCAUCGACGAUGGCCUUGUCGUUAGCAAUUUCGUCGCCCAGGCAUUAAGAAAGGAGCCAUUGACUGUUUAUGGGGAUGGCAACCAAACUAGGAGUUUCCAAUACGUCUCUCACUUGGUGAAGGGCUUGAUGCGAUUGAUGGAAGGGAAACAUGUUGGUCCUUUCAAUCUUGGCAACCCUGGUGAAUUCACCAUGCUUGAACUUGCUCAGGUGGUACAAGAGACCGUUGAUUCAAAUGCAAAGAUAGAGUUCAGGCCAAACACAGAGGAUGACCCCCACAGGAGAAAGCCAGACAUUUCAAAGGCCAAAGAACUUCUCGGGUGGGAGCCGGUUGUCUCCCUCCGGGACGGCCUUCCUUGCACGGUUUUUGACUUCCGACAACGCAUAUUUGACGACUAAAAGGGCA